AUGACUUCUUCCUCUUCUCUUGGUGGGUUCAGCAUCAGGGUCGGUUCGCGAAUGGGUGUUGGUGUUGGUUCUGUUGGUUGUGACGAUGGGUUUGUUACUUUGAUGGAAUAUUUGGGAAAGGGGGGGGCCAAUGUGAGUGAUGACUUGGUGGUCUUGUUUGGCCACUUGGAGUAUGCUUGCAAGAGAAUUGCUGCUCUUGUUGCUUCUCCUUUCAAUUCUAGCCUCAGCAAGAAUGUGGGUGUCGCCGGCGGCGGUGGUGGCGGAGCAUCGGACAGGGACAAACCAAAGCCACUUGAUAUCGUCUCGGUGCGUUUUACUGCCGCUUUAUAUUCAGUUCAGAUAGCUGUUGCUGCUUGGGACCAUGACCUGCUGUCUGGGGCUUCUAUUAAGAAUGAGAUCAUUUUGUCUUCUUUGCGAAAUUCUGGAAAAGUUGCUGUUAUGGCUUCAGAAGAAGAUGAUUCUCCUGUCUGGAUAACUGAUAAUGGCCCAUUUGUGGUGGUCACAGAUCCGCUAGAUGGUUCACGAAAUAUAGAUGCCUCUAUUCCCACUGGAACAAUAUUUGGGAUCUAUAACCGCCUUGUGGAACUGGAUCGUCGGCCAGUGGAGGAAAAGGCAAUGCUGAAUUCUCUUCAAAGUGGAACUAGGCUGGUUGCUGCUGCCUAUGUUCUUUAUUCGUCUGCCACAAUACUCUGCACUAGCUUUGGUGCAGGGGCACAUGCAUUCACGCUGGAUCGCUCAACUGGAGAUUUUAUUCUCACCCAUCCAAGCAUUAAAAUUCCUUCUCGAGGGCAAAUCUACUCGGUAAAUGAUGCAAGGUAUUUUGAUUGGCCCAAAGGUUUGAGGCAAUAUAUUGACACAGUGAGACAAGGCAAAGGCAAGUACCCCAAGAAGUACUCAGCACGUUAUAUAUGUUCUCUUGUUGCUGAUUUCCAUCGGACUCUUUUGUACGGUGGAGUGGCAAUGAAUCCUAGGGACCAUCUCCGUCUUGUUUAUGAGGCAAACCCUCUCAGUUUCCUUGUGGAGCAAGCUGGGGGCAGGGGUUCUGAUGGUAAAAAUAGGAUUUUAUCUAUUCAGCCGGUUAAGAUGCACCAAAGGCUUCCAUUGUUUUUGGGGAGCUCAGAGGAUAUUGAAGAAUUGGAGAGUUACGGGAACGUUCAACAGAAAGUAAAUCCUGGGUAUGAAGUUUGAUUCAGCAGCAAUCUGUUGGGUUGUAUAUAUUGAUUGACCUAGAAUUGGUGUUGACACACUUUCACAUGUGCACGUAGUUGAUGGAUUUAGCCUUUGAUGUUUCUUAGAUUCGAGAUGCUCUCUUUUUCUUCCAUACUUAUAGCAGCAAUCAAGCAGGGAAUGAAACACUAGGCAUACAAAACUCAAGGAGACAAUAGCAUAUCUUCACAUUCUUGCUCGUGUUUGUGUUUGUAUGCAUCGAUCGAUACGUAUGGUUGUGUACUUUUUCUUGUUUAUAAUAGCAAUCUACAUUGGAACAACAUUUUGUAGAAUUGAUGAUUUUGUUAUUAAUAAUGAAGAAUCCAUGGAAUUCAG